AUGGCGUUCCAAGGACAGCACCCUCCCGGCCAAGGAGGUUAUUAUCCCCCUCCACCUGGACAGGCAGGGUAUCAACAGCCAUCCCAGCCUCAGCAACAGCAGCAAACACCGUAUAACUAUCCUCCUCCUCCUCAAAGUGGUGGCGCGCAUUAUCCCCCACCGCCGAAUACUGGAUCUCCUCCCCCUGUAGCCCAAACGCCGCCUAUCCAAGUCGACAGUAUGCCCGGAGCCCCGCCCCCUGGACAGUUCGUUGGAGCUCAAGCUACUACAGCUGACGACAUUGGUACAUUCAACGGCGGCAGCUACCGAAUCAGCCACCGAGAUACCAAUUCGGUUCUCACUAUCCAGCUAGCGAUGGGAUGCCCGUUGACGGUAAAGCCAGGUGCCAUGAUUGCAAUGUCCCCUUCCGUUUCUCUAAAGGGUUCUGUGAAAUUUUCUAUGAAAAAGAUGCUCGCUGGCGGUGAAAUGUCCUCAUCAACGUUUACUGGGCCUGGUGAACUGCUACUAGCACCCUCCAUGCUUGGUGAUAUCUCCAACCUUAAACUAAACGGUCAGGAACAAUGGUCUGUCGGUAAAGAUGCAUUCCUUGCAUGCACUCAGGGGAUAGUCAAGGACUAUAAAAACCAAGGCUUGAGCAAAGCUUUCUUCUCGGGAGAAGGCUUGUUUGUCUAUAAGAUAAGUGGGACAGGCAUCCUAUUCGUGCAAAGUUUUGGUGCCAUUAUAAGGAAAGACCUGGUGGAGGGUGAGAAAUAUAUAGUUGACAACGGUCACCUUGUGGCGUGGAACUGCAAGUAUGUCAUGGAACGCGUCGCGUCAGGUGGUGUUCUGUCAAAUCUUAGCUCCGGCGAAGGUCUUGUUUGCAAAUUCACUGGUCCGGGAACAAUCUACUUACAGACAAGGAAUCCCUCUGCCUUUGCAACCUGGAUGCUUUCGAAUGGAGCUAGCAGCGGUGGCGCUUGA